UCAUAAUCAGACGAUUGCAGUCAGCCUCUUGGUAACAUCAUGCUCCCCAGUCCGAAUCUCCAACGCAGAAAAACUGAUGUUUGAUUUCAGCAGGGAAAACGCUGCAGUGUUCUCGCGAUCUAGACAUCUUCAAAAUGCCUAUCAAUGUCAGGUCUAUGGAACACCAGGAUAUCUCACCAGCGGUCCUUCAGAGUUCGAAUUCAACCUCGCCGGUGAAGACAUCGGCCACGGCCUCCAACUCGAUGCGGCCUGUUGAGGCAACGAAAAAAUUGACUCUGAAACCGAUCAUGACCUUGGAGGGUCAUAAACGAGUCACAGAUGGGGUCAUUAAUGCCAAGAAUUACCGACAAGUUUCAUUCAUUUCCUACUUUCCACUGAACGGUAAGGGAAUACUCGGCGCAUCAAAUGACAAGACCACUCGACAGUGGGACCUGCGGAAUGGCAAAGAGAUUGAGGAGGCGCGGGAUGUUCGCGAGCCACAAACGCAGAUGAUGGCAUUGUCUGGGGAUGGUCAAUGGGUUGUCACUUCGAGACUUCCGAGUGUUGCUUCAUAUAUUGAUGUCGGGAAAGUCGAAGCCCGUAAUGUUGAGACGAAGAUCGUGAAAACAUUUGAAGGCCACUUCGAUUGCAUCGACUGCAUCGAUGUCUCUGCGGACAGAACACUGCUGGUGGGCGGGUCAUGGGGUGGUGUAUGGAUAUGGAGUAUGGAAACCGGCAAACUUGUGGCUGGUCCAUUCCGAUUCGUCAGAGCUACUAAUAGAAGUCCACGUCCACCCUCGAUCGGGAUGGUUCGAUUUUCGCAAGACUCGAAGAAGUUCGCAAUCUCAUCAGGCACAGGGAGGCGGCUUGAGGUGUGGGAUGUCCAAACACAUAAAUUGGAUGAAGAUAUCAACACAAACGCCAAUAUUCUGGACAACCAAAGAUAAAUCCAUCGUAGCCGUAUUUGAAUUCAAGGACAAGGAACAGGGCCCAGGUGGGAUCCCGCGGCGGGACGAUAUAUUUGGUGAACCGGUUGACCUCAACACGAUCUACGAGUUUGACGCAUUGACGCUGGAGAUCGUCGGAACUCCCUUCGAAGGGCACACCCACACUAUUUUUGGUUU